AUGCCACCACCACCUCCCCCGCCACCUCCGCCCCCUCCCGGUGGUGGAGGGCCUCCUCCGCCCCCGCCCCCUCCUCCAGGGAAUCUUCCGUCACGGCCCCCUGGUGGGGGAGCAGGAAGAGGUGCCCUCCUCUCGGACAUCUCCAAGGGAAAAGCUUUGAAGAAGGCCGUUACGAACGAUCGAUCAGCGCCAGUGAUCGGGAAAGUGUCCGGCGGGCCGGGCCCGUCACCGAUAGGGGGUGCCCCGCCCGUCCCCGGCUUGCCGAAAGCCCCCGGGGGUCUCGCUCCGCCUGUGCCUGGCAACAGAGCUAGGAGUAACAGCGAUCAGGGAAGCCGAGAUGCACCCGCCGCGCCCAUGGAUGCAGCCCCUCAGCUAGCUGGUCUCUUCGCCGGAGGCAUGCCGAAACUCAGAAAGACCGGCGGAGGUGUGGACACUGGAGGUUCGUUCAGGUCAAUGCGCCCCGGCACCGCCGCCACCGUCGUCUGCCGCACCGUCAUUACCGCCAGCACCACCCCCUCCGCCUCCUUCAUCCGCUCCCCGACCACCUCCGGCGCCAGCACGAUCACAGCCUCCCCCUCCGCCGCCGCCAGCGGCCGGGGGCGUCUCUCCCAAUAUCGCCGUACAAGCAGCGAUUCGAGCGGCAGCGACGGGGGCAAGCUCACCGACCUCGGCUCCGCCGCCUCCCCCGGGCGCUCCCUCGCCGCGAUCACCGGCGUCCGGUCCACCACCACCACCACCACCACCACAUUCGAACACCGCACCUGCGCGUGCUCAUUCGGGCUCCGUCGGUCGCUCGAUGCUUGA